CAUCCAUGCAUGCAUCCAUCCAUCCAUUUAUGCAUCCAUCCAUCCAUCCAUGUGCUUAUCCUUUACCGGGUCCUGUACCGAUGCCCAGAUUUCCCUCGUCCCGGCCACUUCCUCCAGCUCCUCUGAGGGGACCCCAUUCCUAUUCUCUCCAGCGUGUCCUGGGUCUUUCCCGGGGCCUCCUUCUAAAUAUGUUAUCAUUUUUAACAACCAAUAACCAAAUAAUAAUUUCUUCAAACAUCUUGAUUUGAGGUCAUAAAGGAAAAACUUUGAAGCAUCUAAGCUGUGCGUCAUGAGGUCAUGAUCUAUUUCUCUUUCAAACUAUAACAAUGUCCCUGACCCAAGCGCGCACGGCAGACCCAGUGCUCCCAUUCCCCUCAACUCUAAUGGGUGGACUGGUGAUGCGCGCGCGGGGGUGGCACGUGCGCUGGAACUACGCACGCCUGCUCUGCUAAUUGCGGAUUGUGAUUGGUUACCUGCGAGGACGCCAGGUUAAGUUGGGCGCCUUUAAAGUGCUGCUGAGGAGUCUGUUGUCAGAGCAGUGACAGGCACGGCAAGCAGAGCCGAAACGAGCCAAGCCGAACCGAACCGGGCCGGAUCUAUUUUCUUAGGAGAAACAAUAUGACGGGUGUUCGACAAGUUUUUCUUCUGUUUUUGUUUGGGUUUCUCUGGUACCGAAGAACCACAGAGGCAAGUCUUUUUGAUCAAUGGGAAGAUGGCACAGCGCUGCAAAAGGUGCGAGGCAUCCGGAGUGAUGAUCUGAGUAAUGUGUUGUGGAGGGACCAAAAUGAGGAGCAAGUCCAGAAUAUUUUCAAAAGGUUCCUGUUUCAUUACUCCAAAGCCCGCAACUCUCUUGGAGCGGUACAACAAGAGUCUCACUCCGUUCACCCUCUGAUGCGACUCUCACCAAAGCUCUCUCAGAGAAGAAAGAAGAAGGUGGUACUUCUGGUGAGAAUGUUCCCAAUACUUCAGCAUUUACCACAUCCAAGUCAGGAUGGAAAAACCUGACAUUUAUGAGUAUGUAAACACAAUCUCAACACCUACAAAAACAUGAAUAUUGGAGGUGUUGAGAGUAAAUACCUUUAGUUGCAAAACUUCAUAAACAGGAAACCUCUAAACUAAAAUGCUUUCCAGCUGACUUUGAAAAUAAACUAUUCAGAAUUUAGACUCACCUUUAAAUGCUCCAGUUUUACUUUUAGAACUUCAAUUUCUUUUCUUUUUUCUUCAAAUUCCUCCACCCCUUGUAUGAAAUUUGUGAAAUUUCCUCAUAUUUGACCUUAAUUGAUUAAUAAAAAGAAAUAUGGAGAAAUUAUGAAUAGCUUUCACCCUACAGACUUGACACUAUUGCUCUUUGCCACCUUUUCAGGUAGAAAAGGGUAAUUACGUCUAAGCUUUACACAUCACUUAAAAAGCCAUCACUGAAUGUGUUCACUUGGUGCGCAGACUAAUCUUUUUCCACUCUUUUUA